UGGCCGCUCUUGUUGUGUAUAGCAUACUAUAGCUUGGUGGCAAACAAUAAUGGGGAAUUAAUAUUUAUUUCCUUUUAAAACACUUGACGAGUAGUUCUUGGCAGCAGCCGUUUCUCAAAUUGGGGAUAAGGUAGACAGUUUGACAACAGUGGUAACUUUAUAUAGCGUAGAACUUCAUUCACAAUGAGAACUGUUUUAAUGGUGGCAGAGAAACCCUCUUUGGCUCAGUCUAUCGCCAAAAUCCUCUCGAAAGGAAACUGUACAAGUCGAAAGGGACUCAAUGGAGCGUGCUCGGUGCACGAGUACGCCGGCAGCUUCCAGGGCCAACCUGUUCGCUUUAAGAUGACUUCUGUUUGCGGACACGUGAUGAGUCUGGAUUUCAUCGGCAAGUACAACAACUGGGACAAGGUGGACCCUGCAGAACUCUUUAGCAAAGCUCCCACAGAGAAGAAGGAGGCCAACCCCAAACUCAACAUGGUCAAGUUCCUUCAGGUUGAAGGUAGAGGCUGCGACUAUGUGGUUUUGUGGCUGGACUGCGAUAAAGAAGGCGAGAACAUCUGUUUUGAGGUCCUUGAUGCCAUCCAGCCAGUGAUGAACAAGGGAGGAAGCAGGGAGCAGACUGUGUACAGAGCCAAAUUCAGCUCCAUCACUGACACAGACAUCUGGAACGCCAUGAACCGCCUGGGAGAACCCAACCGCAACGAAGCCCUGUCAGUGGACGCACGGCAGGAGCUGGAUCUGCGCAUCGGCUGUGCCUUCACAAGGUUCCAGACCAAAUAUUUCCAGGGCAAAUAUGGUAAUCUGGACUCCUCUUUGAUCUCAUUUGGACCAUGCCAGACCCCGACCCUGGGCUUCUGUGUGGAACGCCACGACAAGAUCCAGUCCUUCAAACCAGAGACUUACUGGAUCAUCCAGGCAAAGGUGUUCAAAGGAAAGGACAGCCCACUGACUCUGGACUGGAGCAGGGUAAGGGUCUUCGACAGAGAUGUGGGCCAGAUGUUCGUCAACUUGGCCAAAACAUCUAGGGAGGCUAAGGUGGAGUCAGUGAGUAAGAAAGAGAAGAGCAAGCAGAGACCCCAGGCCUUGAACACAGUGGAGAUGUUGAGAGUGGCCAGCUCUUCCCUCGGCAUGGGUCCCCAGCACACCAUGCAGAUUGCAGAGCGUCUGUACACACAGGGCUACAUCAGCUACCCUCGUACUGAGACCACCCACUAUCCUGAGAACUUUGAUCUGAAGGGAGCUCUGAAGCAGCAGAGCAACAAUCCCAUGUGGUCAGAAGAGGUGAGGGCUCUGCUUUCUGAUGGAAUAAACCGACCCAGGAAAGGAAAUGAUGCAGGGGAUCAUCCACCUAUCACUCCUAUGCGUGCAGCCUCAGAAGGAGAACUGGGAAGCGAUGGCUGGCGGCUAUACGAGUACAUCACACGACAUUUCAUUGCCACUCUCAGUCAGGACUGCAAGUACCUCCAGACCACCAUUGACUUCAGCAUUGGCACAGAGGCCUUCUCUUGUAGUGGCAAAACCCUGAUAUCAUCAGGUUACACCACGGUGAUGCCAUGGCAGGGAAUCCCUCUGGAAGAGGCUAUGCCAGUUUGUGAACGUGGAGACAUUUUCACAGUAGAUGAGAUCAAGCUGGUGGAGAAGCAGACCGGCCCCCCCGACUAUCUGACUGAGGCUGAACUCAUCACCCUUAUGGAGAAACAUGGCAUUGGUACUGAUGCCAGCAUCCCCGUACACAUCAACAACAUCUGCCAGAGGAACUAUGUGACAGUAGAGAACGGACGCAAAUUGAAGCCAACCAAUCUGGGCAUCGUCCUGGUACACGGCUAUUAUAAGACAGAUGCAGAGCUGGUGCUGCCAACCAUACGCAGCGCUGUAGAGAAGCAGCUUAACCUGAUAGCGCAGGGGAAAGCUAACUUCCAGCAGGUCCUUCAGCACACACUGGAUAUCUUCAAGAGGAAGUUUCACUAUUUUGUGGAUUCCAUUCCCAGCAUGGACGAGCUGAUGGAAGUCUCCUUUUCUCCCAUCGCUGCCAGUGGGAAGCCUCUGUCCCGCUGCGGGAAGUGCCACCGCUUCAUGAAGUACAUCCAGGCCAAACCCAGCAGACUCCACUGCUCCCACUGUGAUGAAACAUACAGUCUUCCUCAGAAUGGAGCCAUCAAGCUGUACAAGGAGCUGCGCUGUCCACUGGAUGACUUUGAGCUGGUGCUGUGGACCUCAGGGGCCCGAGGCAAGAGUUACCCCCUGUGCCCCUACUGCUUCAGCAACCCUCCUUUCAGGGACAUGAAGAAAGGUAUGGGAUGUAAUGAAUGUACCCAUCCAUCCUGCCAGCACUCUCUCAACUCUUUGGGCAUUGGACAGUGUGUGGAGUGUGACAGUGGGGUUUUGGUGCUGGAUCCCACCUCUGGACCAAAAUGGAGGAUGGCCUGUAAUAAAUGCAAUGUGGUGGUGCACUUCUUUGAACAUGCUCAUAGAGUGCAGGUUGCUCAGGAGAGCUGUGAUGCCUGUGAUGCUUCUCUGGUCGCAGUGGAUUUCAAUAAGACUCGCACUCCACUUCCUGCCGGUGAGACCCAACACACCGGCUGUGUUUUCUGCGAUCCAGUCUUCCAGGAUCUCGUGGAGCUUAAACACGCCACUAUGAGACACCCCAUGCAUCGGGGUGGGGGUGCAAGACGAGGAGGAAGGGGGCGAGGCAGGGGACGCCGUGGAAAUCCUAAAAAACCUAAAGACAAAAUGGCUGCCUUAGCGGCUUACUUUGUGUAGUGUGCCAUGUUAUUUGCUUUCUAAUGUAGACAUUGUCUGUUUUUACACUAAGUAAAACAUGUCUUGAA